AUGGCUGCUAAAUUUGUGAUCUUUGCUGUUCUUGCCUUGUUCGCUACACAAGCUCGUGCUGGUGGUUAUUCUACCUUUGCCUCUACCUUUAAUGCUCAUACCAUCAAUCAUGCUGUAGCCUAUCCUGCUGGCGCUGCUAAAGUAGCUGUUCCCGCUGUUGCCGCCACCCCAGCUGCAGUUGCUGCUCCUAUACCAGCUGUACCUCCUACCCCAGCUGCUGCUCCCACUCCUGCCGCUGCCCCCACUCCAGCCUCUGCUCCUCAAGCUCCCGGUACAAAUCCUGCUGGUCAAGCACCUGCCCCUACUACUGCCGCACCAGCUCAAGUUCCUUUUGCUGCUGGUAAUCAAGUAGGAUUUGCCACACCCUUUGGUUUCGCUGCUCCUGGGAAAUUAGAUUUCCCAGCCGCUCCAGUAGGUUUUGCUGCUGGCCCUGCUUAUGCUGCCUAUGCUCCUACUUAUGGUGCUACCCCUGCUUACGCCGCUCCUGCCUAUAGCCCAGCUUAUGCUGCUGCUCCUGCUUAUGCCGCAGCUGCCUAUGGACCAGCUUAUGCUGCUGGUCCUGCUUAUGCCUCCGCUCCUGCUUUUGCUCCCGGUUCUGUAGCUUUUGCUGCCCCUGGUAAAGUUGGUUUUGCUCCCUCCUCAGUAGCUUUUGCUUCGGCUGUCCCUGCUCCCGCCCCUGUUAAUUUUGCUGCAGCCCCCUCCAAAGUAGCUUUCACUGGUCCAGCUACCUUUGCUGCCGCCCCCUCUUAUGCUGCCUGGUAA